AUGCUCGAUAAUCCUGACAAGUAUCCAAAUCAUCCAAACGAAGCGCUUGCUUAUGAGUUUUCACAUUUCUUUGGUAUUUUUCUUACCGCUAACGCUAUAUUCAUAGCCUAUGCAGUCAAGAGGGGUAAAGCAGCAUACGUUCAUGCAGAAAUCGUUCUGCCAUCGUUCUUAUCCGGCUUGUCAUGGGCCAUAGCUCAAUCACCGUUCUUCGUAGCUGUAAACAUCUUUCUCAAGCAAUCUCUUUCCCUAUCAUUACUGCUUUGCCGAGCUGCAUUGCUUCUGUUUGGGGUAUAG